UUCUUCCGCUUCAUCUCUCACCAUUCGUUUCUUCGUUAAUGAAAUCUCAAUAAUAAUAAUAAACUGUACAUUUUUCUCAUAUCAUUCAUUCGCAUGUCGUUACGUCGUCUUCUCCGUCUGAUUCAAACCAUACGAAACUUCAAAUGGGACCUCAAUCGAAUUCUCAGAUGAAAAUUGUCCAUGGCAUGGGUGGCUUCGUCCUUGAAGAUGUUCCUCAUCUCUCUGAUUACAUCCCCAAUCUACCGACAUUUAAUAAUCCAUUGCAGUUUAAUCCUGCAUACGCAGUCGCGAAGCAGUAUUUUGUAAAUUUUGAUGAUAGCGUUGCUGAGAAGAUUAUUGCCCGUCCAAAUAGUCCAAGAGGGACACAUUUUCGACGUGCUGGGCCUAGACAGAAGGUGUAUUUUAGUUCAGAUGAUGUCCAUGCUUGUAUUGUCACAUGUGGUGGCUUGUGCCCUGGUUUGAACACUGUGAUCAGAGAAAUUGUAUGUGGUCUCCAUCAUAUGUAUGGUGUGACCAAAGUCCUUGGUAUAGAAGGAGGAUACAGGGGGUUCUAUGCACGAAAUACUAAUCAUUUGACCCCAAGGUCUGUCAAUGACAUCCAUAAACGUGGCGGAACUAUCAUUGGUACAUCGAGGGGAGGGCAUGACGCUAUUAAAAUAGUUGAUAGCAUUCAAGACCGCGGAAUUAAUCAGGUUUAUGUGAUUGGAGGUGAUGGAACUCAGAAAGGAGCAGCUUUGAUCUUUGAGGAAGUUAGAAGGCGUGGUCUGAAAGUUGUAGUUGCUGGUAUUCCCAAAACAAUCGAUAAUGACAUACCGGUUAUUGAUAGAUCAUUUGGCUUUGAUACUGCUGUUGAAGAAGCUCAACGUGCGAUAAAUGCUGCCCAUGUCGAGGCUAAAAGUGCUGAAAACGGUGUUGGUGUGGUGAAGUUAAUGGGUCGCUAUAGUGGAUUCAUUGCAAUGUAUGCUACACUUGCUAGCCGUGAUGUAGACUGCUGCUUGAUUCCAGAAUCACCUUUCUACUUAGAAGGCAAAGGUGGGAUGUUUGAAUUUGUUGAAAAGCGUUUAAUAGAAAACGGGCAUAUGGUUAUAGUGAUAGCUGAAGGAGCGGGACAGGAGUUAGUUUCUGAGAGUUUGCAGUCUGUGGAGCAGAAAGAUGCUUCUGGUAACAAGUUGCUCCAGGAUGUUGGUUUAUGGAUAAGUCAUAACAUUAAGGAACAUUUUGCCAAAGACAAGAAGAAGAUGAAUAUUACUCUUAAAUAUAUAGAUCCAACAUACAUGAUUAGGGCAAUUCCAAGCAAUGCAGCUGAUAACGUUUACUGCACAUUACUUGCUCAAAAUGCUGUUCAUGGAGCUAUGUCAGGUUACACCGGUUUCACAUCUGGAGUCGUUAAUGGCAGCCAUACCUAUAUUCCUUUUAACAGAAUCACUGAGAUUCAAAACAAGGUUAUAAUAACCGAUAGAAUGUGGGCAAGGCUUCUUUCAUCAACCAAUCAGCCAAGUUUCGUGGGCAAUACUGAUCCCAAAAAAGAGGACGACAAUAACAACAAAUCAGGUAAAGAUAGCAAAAGCUCCACCUGAAUGUUUUUUAGUAUUUAACAACCACCUAUAUAUAUAAAUAUAUAUAUUUUCACAUGUAAAAAAAGAAGCCAUUGAUUGAUAUAUGCCAUUGGAUAUAAAAGUAUAACAG